AUGCCGUUAGUCACCUCCGGAGUAGAGCACGGGAAUUUGAGGGAACUGGCAUUUGCAAGAAUGAAAGACCUUGGAAUACAGGUUGAAUUAGUAAGAAGAGAUUAUGUCGCCAAUGGUGGCUGGGAAACAUUCUUGUCAUAUGAAGACCCAGAUCAAGAUAUUUUGAUUGGCCUCCUCCGGUUGCGAAAGUGUUCGGAGGAAACCUUCCGUUUCGAAUUGGGUGGAGGUGUUUCCCUGGUCCGAGAACUACAUGUGUAUGGAAGUGUAGUUCCUGUGCACAGUCGGGAUCCUACGAAAUUUCAGCAUCAGGGGUUUGGCAUGCUGCUGAUGGAGGAAGCAGAAAGAAUAGCUAAAGAAGAACACGGAUCUGGGAAAAUGGCUGUCAUUUCAGGGGUCGGCACCCGAAAUUACUACCGAAAGAUUGGCUACAGGUUACAAGGGCCGUACAUGGUGAAGUCGCUGCGAUAACCACAAUGGCUGCCGGAGCCCAAGCUUGUACAUACUCCCCCUCUGUGAGGACCCCCGCACUGCCCCCUGGCAGGAGUGUCACCCUUCCUCUGCAGAUGCUGCCCCGAGAAGCCGCCUCCACGGUCAGGGAUGCUGACCUGCCUCCGCACCCCGGCACGUGGAGCUCCCGCUCAGCCCUCCUGCGUGUUCCGAAGCCGUCACUUCCGCUUCUGAGACUUAAGUUGUACCCAGUCUACCAGAGGCCUGCGGGUGCCGUCAUCUUAUGUAGACGCCCUGACAAAAGCAGCUUGAUCCCACAUGUACCCCGUAAUUCAGGAAAUAAAAAUAAAAGAGUAA